UAGUUGACGUCGAAAUUAUCAAUAAUUUACAUAUCAAAAUGGCCAUUUUGCCUCGAGAAUCCGGAAAAUUGAUAGCUAGACUAGCGAAAAAUGUAUUUAUCGAGGAGGAAGGCAUCAACAAUCUCGCCCGCGAGGUGCUCGAGGGAUUGAAAAAUCGUACAAUAUCAAUUGACAAUUUUUCGCAAUCUGAGUUACACCCAAAUGCGGGACAUCCCAAGGCCAUUGAUUGGAUAUUUGUACUGGAUACACUGAAUUUUUCAUUCUGGAGCAAUAAUGCUGAUAAUAAGUGGAAAGUCAAUGGGCACAGUGGAUACUUUGCACUCUGCGCGGCGAUUAAACGAGCGGUUGACGAAGGCAUUCCAAUAAUUGACCCAAAUUACUACGCGAAAAUUACUAGCGACGAUUUGGGACGAAUUUUACGAGAAGAUGAUGGAGCCGAUCCACCUCCCCUUCUGGAGCAUCGAGUGAAAAAUCUUCAACAGGUUGGAAAAAUUCUCAUAGAAAAAUAUAAUGGCACUUUUGUGGAGUGCGUCAAAAUAUCCAAAUACUCAGCUGAGAAGUUACUAAAACUCGUCGUUAAGGAAUUUGAGUGUUUCCGAGAUGAAGCGGAUUUUUAUGGCCACCGAGUAUCGUUUUACAAACGAGCACAGAUAUUGAUAGGUGAUAUAUGGGCUUGCUACAAAGGAAAGGACCUGGGUGAAUUUAACGACAUCGAUAUAAUAACAAUGUUCCCCGAUUAUAGAGUACCCCAGGUGUUAUUGGAAUUUGGUGCCAUGAGAUACAGUAAUCCCCUCCUCAGUGCCCUUCAAUCAGGCACAGAGAUGACGGAGGGAUGCCCAGACGAAGUAGAGAUUCGUGGUUGCUCAAUUGAAAUUGUGGAGAGAGUUGUAGAGAGAGUUCGUACAUUAAUCAAGCAAUAUCCGAACUUGAACAUAAAUCCAUUCAGUUGUAAUUCUAUCAUCGUUGAUCACUUCCUAUGGGACUACAGACGGCGAAAUGCACAAAAGUUAGAGAAUCUUCCAUUCCAUCGUGUUAGAACGAUUUAUUACUAAUGAAAUUAUUACUAGUUAUGAUAAUAACAUUGUCCUGGUCCUCUUAUUGAUACUCAUUUGAUUAGUGAUACUCGAUGAGUUGAGAUAAUGAAAAUUCAUGAUCAGACAGACGAUCAUUGUUCAGAUUCUGUGGGAUCAAUAGUGUUAUAUAAAUUCUAUCUUUACUCCAAUUUUAUUCAAUUCUUUACACAGUUUGAAAGUAUUGCGGUAGAACGAGUAAUUUAAUACAAUAAACAACAAACAAUGACAACGUUUAAACUUUGAAAAUUUAGCAUCAUAAAUACUGUGACAAUGUUUUGUCAUCGAAUAUGAAUAUUUACUAUGUAUAUACACAAUUAAACAUUUUACCAAUUUCUUUUUCA